GGUGCGCAGAGUUGCCGGUGUCUUGAAAGUGUGCAGCAGCAGCAGCAGUAGAGAACAGUGUAGAGGCAGACGGGUUGGAGAUCCAUCAGGGGAAUAUCCAGAAAGCUGCUGCUGGGUGAAGCAUCACACAGGCAGUGAUUACCAGACGGCCGUGUGCAUGGUCUGAUGAGUACCCUGUCUGUCGGCUCCGAAAUGCAGACUCCAGCCCCCGGCCCACAGUUUACAGUGGGGCCGCCGGGGAAGGUGCCCGGCAGAAAGAGAGGGCGGCCUCCCAUCCGUAAACUGGAGUUCCAGAGUCACUAUGUCGAGCCUCUGUCGCCACUCAAAGUCCCAAAGAAGAGAGGCAGGAAACCUGGCUUCAAGCUGAAGCCUAGGAUGGUGAUGUCCCUGGCCAACUCUUCUCCAAACAGCACACCAGAACCUGAAAUGGGUUCAGUCCCUCAGGACGCUGCCAUCGUCCCCCACUCUACCACACCACAGGUCCUAACAGCGGAGACACCAAUGCCUGAUGACUUCUUGUGUGACCCACCAGUGGACUCCAAGCGCUACGCUAUCGAUCCCAGUGACUCGGCCUUCAAUGUCAUGACGUCACAGUACCAAACAAAGCACUCUUAUGGUUACCGUGGCAGUAGUUGCUCUACUCCGAUGGCUGUGUGCAGACAGGCGUCGAGCCCCGGAAGCUUCCAGGACGCUAACAGAAAUGGUUGCAGCUCAAUGCCGGACUCUGGAGAGUGCAAGCGUCCUGCUGGUAAAGACCCAUCGAGCUGGGGUGUGGAGGAGGUGGUUUGGUUUAUCAAAGACGCAGACCCCCAAGCCCUGGGACCUCACGCCGAUGCCUUCAGGAAACAUGAGAUAGAUGGAGACGCUCUGCUCCUGCUGAAAAGCGAGAUGAUGAUGAAGUACCUGGGACUGAAGCUGGGCCCUGCGGUCAAACUCUGCUACCACAUCGACAGGCUCAAACAGAAUCGGUUGUGACUUUCUGCAAAAGGGCCAAACACCUUAGCAGCACUCACUAAAACUGAAUCUCUCAGACUUUCUCAACCAUCAGCAAUAGCUCAUGAGCGCCUUCGGACUGAGAUUGCAUACUUGACGGCUUUUACUGCAUCUGCAUCACAUAAUGUUGACAAAUUGGACACUUUGACUGUAAAUAAUAAGACUAUUUACAGCUGAUGCUAAGUGUUUUUUUUUUUUACCUUUGUUUACUGGGUAUCUGGUUUUACAUAAAUAGUUCAGCUCCACGCAGAUGGCAGCUUUUGUUUAAUUUAAAUAUGACUCUGUGUGAAUGUGAACCAUCAUGGACACUGCAGACCCGGUAUUAACUUCCAUCUUGAGUGAUCCGAUCACAAGCCUGAAAUAUAGACGUGAAACAUCCUCAAUUCGUCCUGAGAUCUGAAUGUCUGUGACGCAUUGCAAUGCUCACAUUUGACUUGUUUGUGGCCAGCAGCAUCAUUUUUUUCUUCGCGAACACAAAUGAUGGACGUGAUUAGGAGACACAUUCAGGACUCCACAUGUGACCGGAUCUCUCAGGAUAGAUGUUAGUACCAGGUCCGAAGGGGGGCCAAAGACAGGGAUCUCCAAAAACACGGUGCUUCUUUACCUCAGUAGCAUGUUGUAACUUAGAGACCUCUUGCUGCUAUGUCAUGCAGGUCACUUUCAAACUCUUUAUGAGGUUGAUAAGCAGUUGGUAAAAGCUUCUGUCUUAAGAAAUCAAAAAGAAAGCUGCACAAUGACUGUGCCGUUUGGAGGCUAUCAAACCUGUAUCUGCUGGUAAAAUAGAAGUCCUUAGAUCCCUUCUCUGCUUUAUCCUGAUAUCAAAUAACAUAAGACUCCAGAAAACAACAAUGUACUGUAUCAUCUCCUAGAAAAGUGAAACAAAGUCUUUGGGACAAACCACAGCUGAGUGCUGAGUGAAUAAACAGUGAAGCCAUGAGUUAUUUCACUAUGCUGCUGUGCUGCUUAGGAUCACUCGCUGUUUAUUAACAUGACAGGAAGAGGAGAUGGAUUGUUACACUUGCUGGUUGCAAAGUGAUGUGAGCCAUAGCAACUGGUAGCAAACCCAUCAAAGUUGUAAACCAUCACUGCCACCACACUGAAUGACUCUUCCUACACCUCUGACUGUCUGUGUGACUUCCUGAUGAAGCCACAGUUUAUAUUCCUCUCAACUUCUCUCCAGUCAACUACCCAUUUCUCUCAGUUUUGUUUUGUUUUGCAGUAUUUCAUCUCUAAAUUGUAAAAUAUGUGAGGUAGAAAAUCAAGAGCAUUAAGAGCGACAGCAUUAAUAAUAUUUGAAGCCAUCAAACACAACUUGUUCUUUUAGAAUAGUACAACUACAACAUUAAUGAUUAAUCUCAUGCAGUAUAUGACAGAUUUGUAUAAUUUGUGAU